UCUUGUAAGCAUCAUUUUGAUAUAGCUCUUUUGUGAUUUGGCACUGGGUUGUGAUUGAAUAUCCAUCCUAGCAGUAUCCUAUUUCAUCUUCUUCGAUCCUCACGGCGGCCAUGGCCUGUGUCUCUGUUGCGCUCUCCUUCCCCAUUCUCAGCGUUGGCCGCGGCCAUAAGUCCCGAAACAUUAGAAAAUCCUCCCGCGAAAAUAAACCCGCUGCACCUCUUCCAUAUCCCCCGGCCAUUUACUCCCCCGGCGGCGAGGCCACUUCCUACACUCGCCUCCCACCGAAGGAGGACUUCCAACUCGAAUCUUCCCUGCACGUCUCCACUUCAUUCUUUGAAGUCGUCAAGCUCCGCGAAGCUGUAGUCCCGGCCGUGGAUUCCUGGUUGAAAAAGUCUUCUAAGCCGGCAGAUUUUUGGGAAGAGGCUGGUGAAGAAUAUGAAGGAGAAGAAGGGUUCAAUGGAUUUGAAUCGGAUGAUGAUGAGGAGGUCAUUUUUGGAAUUGACUCGGAGGAGGUCGACGAGGAUGAGCUAGAUUUGGACGAGGAGUUGAAGGAGGAGGAUGUGAAGGAGAAGGGUGUACCUGCGGUUAUGCGCUGCUUCGAUCAAGCAAAGAUUUACGUCAAGGCCGGGGAUGGAGGUAACGGAGUCGUGGCGUUUCGGAGAGAGAAAUAUGUACCCUACGGCGGCCCUUCUGGUGGGGACGGAGGUAAGGGAGGAGAUGUUUAUGUUGAGGUUGAUGGGUCGAUGAAUUCCCUUCUUCCUUUUAGGAAAAAAGUGCACUUUAGGGCUGGGAGAGGCGGGCAUGGUCUGGGGAGGAAGCAGAUGGGGGGGAAGGGGGAGGAUGUUGUGGUGAAGGUGGCUCCAGGGACUGUAAUUAAGGAAUCUGGGAAAGGAGCUGUGGAAGGGGUGUUGUUGUUGGAGCUGUUGAAGCCUGGACAAAGAGCAUUGCUUUUGCCAGGGGGAAGGGGCGGGAGGGGCAAUGCUUCAUUCAAGUCAGGGGCGAGGAAGACCCCAAAGAUUGCAGAGAACGGCGAAGCUGGACCUGAAAUGUGGUUGGAUCUGGAGUUGAAGUUGGUUGCUGAUGUUGGUAUAGUAGGUGCUCCAAAUGCGGGGAAAAGCACUCUUUUGAGUGCUGUAACUGCUGCCCAGCCAUCAAUAGCUAAUUAUCCCUUCACAACAUUGCUUCCAAAUUUAGGUGUUGUGUCAAUGGAUUAUGAUGAAACCAUGGUUGUUGCAGAUUUACCAGGUUUGCUUGAAGGUGCACAUAGAGGUUUUGGUUUAGGGCAUGAAUUUUUACGGCAUGCUGAAAGAUGCGCUGUUCUGGUGCAUGUUGUUGAUGGCUCCAGUCAACAGCCAGAUUAUGAGUUUGACGCAAUUCGUUUGGAACUGGAAUUAUUUAGCCCAAGCCUGUCGGAAAAGCCAUACAUUGUUGCAUUUAACAAAAUGGAUCUUCCAGAAGCAUGUGAGAAAUGGGAUUCAUUUAAAGAAUAUCUUCAAACCCGUGGAAUUGAGCCUUUGUGCAUCAGUGCAAUGCAUAGGCAGGGAACAAGGGAUGUUGUUUCUGCAGCAUCUGCGCUUCUACUGAAGGAAAUGGCUAAGAAGCCUGUAGAAGUAGAGUCGACCCUCUCUGAAAAUCUAAAUCAUGUAGCUGAUGCCAUAGAAAAGCAAAGAAGUGUCUCUAUGAGUGAGUUUGAAAUCUUUCAUGAAAGCAGUUCAAACACAUGGCGUGUAUUUGGAGCUGGAAUUGAACGAUUUGUUCAGAUGACAAAUUGGCGGUAUAAUGAAUCUCUUAGAAGGUUCCAACAUGCUUUGGAGGCAUGUGGUGUGAACAGAGCUUUGAGAAAAGGCGGGGUAAGAGAAGGAGAUACUGUAAUUGUGGGUGAGAUGGAGAUGGUUUGGAAUGAUGGAAGUGAACAAACAGCGGCUUUGGGCACCAAAAUUUAGUUUCUGGAUCUGUUUGAUGGCCACAACUUGGCUAGUUCAGAAUGUCAAUGCUAGAAGUUAGUGAAGCCAUACGAAAUCUAGAAAGAUGCUCAAGCUUAGCUCUUUUAAGCUCCUGUUUCACAAGGACUGAAAAAAAGAAGAAGAAAAUGAGUUCUGAGUUUUGGCUGGCCUAUCAGUGAACUGUGUUGGAGGAUGGAUGUGCUGCUACAGUUAUUGCUGGUAGAAUUACAUUCGAUACUUAUAGAUCCUGUAAUGUUUUGAUUUGUACGAAAUGAGGUUAGCCUCAAUCUCUGCUGCAUUUAGAAGUUCCAUAUAUUAUUAUUAUUAUUUUAUUUUUAAUUUGGUAAUCAUCUGUGUCUAUUAUGGUGAUAUUUCUUUCAUGUUUUUAUAAAAAUAAGGGGAAUUUACUUACAUAGCACCCAAUUCUUAUGCAGUUACGAAUCUCACACCAAAACUUUCAUUUUUACAAACACAACACCCAACUUAGACCUUUCAUCACACUUUUCAACAGUGAAAUCCAUAUUUUCAUACAUAGGUAUGGCGCUGUGUUUGUAAAAAUCCAAGUCUUGGUGCGAGGUACGUAAAUGCACAAGAAUUUGGUGCUACAUAUGUAAAUUUCCAUACAAAUAAAGCGGGAUUUGUAUACAUACAACACAACUCUGAUAUAUUUAUAUAUCUAACACCUAAGUUUUAAUAUUUAUUUAUAUAACACCUAAAUCAUUAAC